CAUCCGUCCGGGUGGAUUCGGGCGGUUCAAUUUGGGUUUGCUCACCCCUUCACCCAGCGCGACACACACAUUUCGCUUCAGACGGCAGAAACCAAUUGAACACACAGCCCGUCUGGCCGUCCCCGCGGUCCGUACCCUCUGCCGGCGGCCUCCUCAUUGGCGACUCGGCGCCUCCCUCCGCCCUUAAGAAGUAGCAGCCUAGCAGGCCCAGUUGCGGCCCGCCGCCAUCCCCCUUUUCCGCCCGCCUCUUCCCGUCGGCCGUCGACCAAGCAGCCUGAAUCCGGCCGGCCACAACAGUUGUCUCUUGAAUUUGAUAUGGAAAAGUGCAAACGAGUCGAAACUCCAUUACCGGAAGCCAUAAUUCACCUAAUACAGUCUUUCUUGAGUGAAGAAGAAGCUGCUCGAACCACUCUUGUCUCCAAAUCAUGGUACAACGCCUGGCUAACUCGUCCUGUGCUCGUGCUCAGAAAUCUCCAUUGGAGAUCAUCGGCGGCCGUGUUCUGGAGAUUUACAGUGAAGACCAUGCGAAGGUAUCAAGACUCCAACUUGAAGAUCGAGAGUUUGAGGUUAAAAAUACAAGGAUGUAGAAGGAGCUUUGAACCUCUUGCCCACAAAUUGAUUGUGGAUGCCAUGAAACUUGGAGCUACUGAUCUCAAAAUCGAAUUCUUCACAUUUGUUCUGCCGCCAGAGGUGCUCCGAUCUGAAUCCCUCCUCCGAUUAUCUGUAAGUGGGUGUGAAAUUGAUGGAAACGUCAACUGCUCGAUGCUCAAAUCACUCAGCUUGGACAGUGUGCUUUUGAAAAGUGAUGAUAUGCUUCGAAUCAUAACUUCCUGCUGCAAUUCCAUCGAGGAGCUGUCACUUUCAAAUUCUUUUUUUUCUAAUCAGAGAAUACUAUUGAGUGGGACGAAUCUGCACGAGCUUCAUAAGCUUAAGCGUUUGUAUCUUGAGAUGGUGGAUGUUGAUAAGUCCUUCUUCGACGACUUGGAAUCUCGGUUCCCUUGCUUGGAGGAUAUGAGCCUUGUUAACUGCCAUGGCUACAGACAAAUAUGGGUUGCGAGCUCUUCGCUCCAACGCAUAAACAUUGAGCAACCGGUCAAUGUAUUGAUAGGCAAGUUUAAAGUUCCUAUUCUUGCUGUCUUUAGCUAUUCAGGCGUGGGCAUACCGUCCCUUUCUAUCGAUGCAAGGGAUGAAUGGGAGUCUCAUAUAUCUAUUGAGCGCCAUCACUUUCGGAUCUCGUCGUCAUGGUACCGAGAUUUGCACAAGCGGUUGACUCAGCUGAGUCUAUCAAGAAUCAAUCUCACUAUAAAAAUAGUGGGGUCACGGCCUUGUACAAAGAGGAUUGCUGGCGUGUAUAAUGUUCAUGUAGUAGGCGAACCUGUAGCAGUGGAGAAUAUGAAGCUUGAGGCAAAAUAUGAUGCAGGUUGUAUUCUGCGUUGUCUGUUUUGCAUAUGUCGCCCGAAGUUGGUAACUCAUUGCUGGCUUGAUCGCGAAUGUGGGAAGAAGUCAGACGAUCACUCCCUUGAAAGUCUAUGUGAGAAACUGAUGGGUCCGAAGAGGGAUCGGAAUAUGUUUGAGCGGUUUGAUCUCAAGGAAGGACAGAUGGAAGUAUACGAGGAGGAUGAAGCAGAAUGGCGGCCUCUUCUACUGCAAGAUGCAAUAAGAGCUCCACCAAUGGGACGUAAGGUUCGUUUCUACUUGAAAUGGUGAUGAAAUGACUGAUCAUUAAUGAGUUCCUCUGUGCUUUCAACUAUUUUGGUCUAUAUAUGUAUUCUUGAAUCUACAGACUUGUAGUCUGUUCUUUGUUUCAUGUACUCCCUUCGUCCGUGAUAUCGUUUCCACAUUUGCCAUUUUGGUCCGUCCGCGAUAUCGUUUCCACUUCCAUUUAUAGAAGUAGGGUCCACAAACUUCCACUCACAAUAAUAGUGGGACCCAAACUCUACUCACUACAUAUCCACUACUAUCCACCCAUUUUCUUAAAACUCGCGCUUUCCACAAUGUGGAAACGAUAUCGCGGCCGGAGGAAGUAUUUUAUUUCAAGAGGGAACGCAACUGUUAUAAAUUGAAGAGAAGAGGAGAGGAAGAAUGUUAUAAACAUAGAGUGAUUGUAAAAGCAUUUUAUUGUGAAAAUUAAAAGUUUGUAUUUAUAUAGGUAAAAAUUAUGAUUUAGAGUUUAUAUGGUUAUCACUGUAUAAAGAUAUAUGUAGAUAUUUUAUAUGGACUAUUUUUAGGGGGAGCAAUGAUACUUUUUUCUCUACAACGAGGUUUUGUUAAUUCAUUGAAUUUUCCAAGCAAGUUUACACCUACUCAAGUAUUAAAUAAAAAAAAUGUUUCUUCCCCUUCCACAAUCUAUUAUCAAAUUCAAAUGUUUUAUGAGAUUUGUGAUUGAAAUUGAAUUUUAAGUAGUUUUUUGUAAAUAAGAAGUAUUUAUAAGAUAAAGAAAAAAUAAUGUUUUCUAUGUUUCACGAAUUUUGAUGCAAUUUCCUUUUUCGAUCGUCCCACGAAUCUUGAAGCAUUUUUAAAUAUGGUAAGAAUUAGCCAAAAAAUAAGGGUUAUUAAUUACACUUUUAUACUUUACCAUUUUUCUACUUUAUUACCUGCACAGUUAAAACACUAAUCUUUAACUUCUUAAUUCUUGUGCCCAAACCUAAUGAUAUGUUAAAUAAAAUGAAGAAAAAAAAAUAAUACUAAUACAUAUCGUUUGCCAACAAAAGUGGCUAUAUUAAAAAAAAAAGAUAAAGAAAAAAUUAAUUAUUAAAGUCCAAAAUAAAGUGACCAGUUAAAUAAAAUAAAUAAAAAAUACUAGCAAUUACUAAUACAUAUCAAUUGCUGAAGACGGCACCAACUCAAUUAAUGAUGUAUCGAUAGGGUACCUCUAAAUUAUAUAUAGCUCUAGUUUUCCUAUUUCUCUUGCAACGCCUCUUUCUCUUCUACUAGGGCACUACCCUCUAUUUUCCUCUCUACAAAUAUAGCUGUUGCAACUUUGCAAGGAUGUUAUGAAGAUUCUGAUGCUUGAUUAAUAAGAGGAAAUCUAUAGAUUGAACGCUUGGUUGGAUUCGGAUAAUUAUUCUGUAUUCUCGAAAAGUUAAGAUCGACACUUAGUUGUGUCUUGAAAUGGAAAAGCGCAAACGAAUCGAAACCCAAUUGCCGGAAGCUAUGAUUCAGCUGAUACAGUCUUUCUUAAGUGAAGAAGAAGCUGCUCGAACCACUCUUAUCUCCAAAUCAUGGUACAACGCUUGGCUAACUCAUCCGGUGCUCGUGCUCAGAAAUCUCGGUCGGAGAUCAUCGGCGACUAUGCGAAGGUAUCAAGACUCCAACUUGAAGAUCGAGAGUUUUAGGCUAAAAUUGCAGAGAUGUACAAGCAGAGGUGAACCUCUUGCCCACAGAUUGGUCGUGGAUGCCAUGAAAUUGGGAGCUACUGAUCUUAAUCUCGAAUUCAAACCUACCACAUUCGUUCCUACCACGUUCGUUCUUCCGGCGGAGGUGCUCGGAUCUGAAACCCUCCUCCGAUUAUCUGUAAGUGGGUGUGUAAUUGAUGGAAACGUCGUCAACUGCUCGAUGCUCAAAUCACUCAGCUUGGACAAUGUUGCUUUGAAAAGUGCUGCUAUGCUUAGAAUUAUGACUUCCUGCUGCAAUUCCAUCGAGGAGCUGUCACUUUCAAAUUCUUGUAUUUCUAAUCAUAGAAGACUAUUGAGUGGGAUGAAGGUGCAUCAGCUUCUUUUUCUUAAGCGUCAUAGAAUACUAUUGAGUGGUGAGGAUCUGCCCGAGCUUCAUAAGCUUAAGCGUUUGUAUCUUGAGACAGUGGCUGUCGAUAACUCCUUCUUUCACGACUUGGAAUCUCGGUUGCCUUGCUUGGAGGAUAUGAGCCUUGUUCGCUGCUACUGCACUGCAAUACGCGUCAAGAGCUCUUCACUCCAACGCAUAAGCAUUGUGCAGCGCGAUGCAUCAAAGCUCGAGCUUGAAGUUCCAAAUCUUGCUGUGUUUAGCUAUUCAGGCGGGAGCGUACCGUGGUUCAUUUCUAUCAAAGCAAGGGAUGAAUGUGAGUCUCAUAUAUCGAUGGAGUUCGAUCACUUUCUGACCUCGUCAUGGUACCUAUGUUUGCACAAGCUGUUGACUCAGCUGAGUCCAUCAAGAAUCAAUCUCACUAUAAAUAUUGGGUUAAGGGCUCGUAGCGUGAAUGAUACUCGUGUUGUAGGCAAACCUGUAGCAGUGGAGAAUUUGAGGAUUGAGACAAAAUAUGAUGCAGCUUGCUUUCUGCAAUGUCUAUUUCGUAUAUGUCGCCCCAAGUUGGUAACCCAUUGCUUGCUUGAUGAAAUUUGCUCGAGCUCACUGGCGAGGGAGUAGUUGAAAAAGUGAAUGUGGAGCUUCACCCAUGGAAGGCAGUUUGCAUGGAAAAAUUGGCUAGGGCCUUUUUGAUGAAUGAUUUUUUUUUUUUUUUUAGUUUACUAUUUAGGAUACUAGCUAUUAAUUUGCCUUGUUCAUUUGGUUUAUUUGCAUUGGGUUCGACUGUUGGAUUCUAUUUUUUAUUGGGUUGAACUUAUUGUCUUAUUUUCAUACUAGUAGUUUCCAUCAACCAAGAUCAGUUUUUUGGUUUUAGCUUUGAAGUGUCCUUUUAAGACGAUUUUUAUAUAUAGUCAUUGUUUUGAUGA